GUUAUUAGAAAAAGUCCAAAGUCUUCUGAAACAACACGACGAGCUGAAAAAGGAAGAAUCAGAGUUUAAGGAACACUGUCGAAAAGAUCUGGCUGCCCUGCAAGAACAAAUUGAGGAAUUGGAAGCCUUCAAUGCCCAGGAUCCCCAUGAACGAGAACAGGCGGUGGCCAAAGAAAAAGAACGUAUACAAUUAUUAAAAUUACAGCUGGCUAAACGUAAUCGGGGUAUUUUGGCAAUACAACAGCAAUUGGAUAAUACACCAGAUCGCACAGAAUUGGCACAAUAUCAGCGACGUUUUCAUGAGUUGUACAAUGAAAUGAGUUCCAAGUAUUUAGAAACCAAACAAUAUUAUACUCUCUUCAAUACCCUAAAUGACCAGAAACGUUAUAUGGAAAAGGAACUGUCACUGCUGAAUUCAAUUUGUGAAGCCUACAAUGAAGGCAUGUCCACCCAGCAUGGCCGCGAAGAAUUUAUCCAGAAAUUCGAACAAAUUGUGCAGGGAGUACGACAAACGGAACAAAAGGUGAAAUUAAAAUAUCUCGAUGAGAAAAAACGUCGUGAUGCAUUAAAUGAAGAGUUGCAGGGGCUGCUGGAGCUGCAACGUCAAUAUGCUGCCGCUGUCAAACAACUAACAAUCGAAUGUCAACGCUGUGAACAAUUACAACAACAUUUAAAGUCAAUUCGCAAAAAAUAG